AUGGGUUGGUUUUGGGCAGACAAGGUUGAGCUGGCGUUAGGUUCGCAAACAAAUUCAGGGAAGCCUGCUUCAUCUUCACUACUGGCAUGUCCUAUUGAUCAUUCAUCAUUCACAACAAACACAAAAUCAACAUCAGCCCCAACAUGCCCGGUACUCUCAAAAGAUUCGGAGGAAGUAUUGAACCCUAUGAACAAUAUGCCAAUGGCUAUUUCGAGUGAACUUGCACCAGGGCAAAAGAUUAAGUUAUCCACUGAAAGAACGAUAUCAACUAUUCCUAGAGGUGAAACACCUGAUCAAGGGCUAUGGGAGUACCCAUCGCCACAACAAAUGCUUAAUGCGAUGUUAGCCAAAGGUAAAGGAGACGGUAUUCCUGAGGAUGCCGUUGAAUCUAUGGUUGAAGUACACAAUUUCCUUAACGAAGGUGCUUGGCAACAAAUUUUGGAAUGGGAAGACAAAUACACAAAGGAGACAAAGAUUGAACCAAGGUUGAAAAAGUUUACUGGAAAACCACAUGAUCUAUCACCAAAAGCUAGAAUGUAUUUGUGGUUGGGUCAGUUGUUUCCCGAAACAUUCAAUACAAUUCCACCAUUCGAUAGACAUGAUUGGACUGUGUUGAGAAGUCAAGGAAGAAACCAAAGUUGGAAAGAGGUUCGAUACGUUAUAGACUAUUAUAGUGCACCUGAUGAUGAAGAAACAGGUAUGCCUGCUUUUAUGUUAGACACUAGACCUGCAUUGGAUGAUUUUGGUAGCAUUCGUGAUAGAAUCGUCACAUUUGCUGGACCUGUUUGGAAAAAGGCAAUGGGUGAAGUUGAUGAGUUUUAA